GGGGUGAUACAGUGCCUUUUGCAAGGCACUGUAUCAGUGAUGUUUCAUACUCCACUACAGCUCUUUAAAAUAAUCUUUCAGGCAGGGGUGAGAUCAAAGAUCAGGGGGUUAACAGCACGUGCAACAAGAGUAGUUGUGUGAGAAGAAUGUGUUCUUAAUGUGAUGUUGCGCAACUUUAUAGUAGAAAGACACACACGCACACACAGAAGCACGUCUUUAUCACAUUAUCAGGACCAUGAUCCCUGAGUUGUUUGUGAGGACCACCACCACCACUUCCCCUAUAACUGUGCAAAAAGUAAACCUAAACACACUACAAGCUGAUACUGUAAACCUAUUUCAUUGUAAAGUUUCUGUUGGCAGACUUUGCCAUAGAAAACUAAAAUCAGCACUGUUGCUCAGUCAGUCAUUUAUUAACAUAUAGGCUUAAGAUGUAGACUGGUGACUACAUGUUUCUAUGCACCUGCAAGGCAAAGUAAGAGAGAGAUAAGCAUAGGUCUGUGGGUCUGUGUGCACGAGUGGCUAUGUGUGUUUAUGUGACAAAUAGGAGGGCGAUAAAGUCAGUGGUCGAAGUACACUUUGAGGCAGAUAAGGUCAGUGUGCACACACAAAAACACAAACAGCAUGGCUGCACUCUAAGUAAUUAAUCAAAUCCUGCACGGUUUAUGCCAUCAGAGCUCUUUGUGUAUGCUUUGCAAACAGGCAUUCCUCAUCAGAUUACUACUGGGCCCUGUAAGACCACACGGUCAUGCUCACAGUCACACUCACAAAUGUUAAUGAAACAUAUUCACAACUCACCCACUUUCUUUAUAUACAGUCCAGAUACUCCGAGUAUUGUUUCUUUAUUGUUGUGUGCUUGGUAUGUGGUUGUGUACUUAUCCCAGAAGGGGAAUUUGUUAUACAGCACAAAUGUAAAUUGCCCUUCUGGGAUAAUAAAGAUAGAAAGAGAAGCAUUAAGAUUCAGUAAUACUUCAUUAGCCCUGUGUUGGCCCAUUUUAUAUUACCUCCAUUUUUUCCUCCCUCCCUCCUUCAUUUAUUCUCUCACAUCCUCUGAACCACGCGAUUUAAUCAGUAACUUUAAAGAAGUGCAUGUGUUGUAUUUCUGAACCCAGAUAGACUGGAUGCAACUUUUACCCUUGCUCCCUCUUUCCCCACUCGCUCCCUCCCUCCUUUCCUCCCUCCCUCCCUCCCUUGUCACUUGGCUUUUCUCCCUUCUCUCUCCGGUCUCUCUUCUUUUUUGGCGUUUGAAUGGAGAAUCUGGGUUCCCCGGAACCUGCGUGCCCAUCGCCGGGUGCAGGUCCUGUUGCUGGGGUUUCUGUUGGCAAGAGGGCAGGGGUUGAGGGAGAUGAGGCAGCGGUCAGCUCCAAGCUGUUUCGGUCUGCGUGCAUUAGACGUUGGCUACCACUGGCCUACAGAGAAGAAGUCUACCAUGUUUUACGGCUCACAGGGCCACUGUUGCUGUCUCGGAUCUUGAACUUCUUCCUGCCAUUUGUUACCACCAUUUUCUGUGGGCACAUAGGCAAUGCAGAACUGGCUGGAUACGCGCUGGCCUCAGCGACCGUGAAUGUCACCACAUCUGCAGCCGGCUAUGGCCUUGCUAUGGCUUGUGACACACUCAUUUCUCAGACAUUCGGCAGUAAGAACAUGAAACGUGUGGGAGUCAUUCUCCAACGGAGCUCACUGAUCCUCCUGCUGUUUUGUUUGCCAUGUUGGGCUCUUGUCAUCAACUCUCACAAUUUACUGCUCCUCCUGCACCAAGAUGCUGAGGUGGCCAGAAUUGCCCAAAUCUACAUAAUGGCGUUUCUACCCGCUAUUCCAGCCAUCUUCCUGCACCAACUGCAAGUUUCCUACCUGCAAAACCAAGGGAUCAUUAUGCCUCAGAUGUACACAGCAGCAGCAGCGAACAUUUUCAACUUGGCGGCCAACUACAUCUUAAUCUCCAGCCUCAAGUUGGGUGUCAUAGGAUCAGCAAUAGCUAACAGCCUCUCUCAGGUCGUCAUCUGCCUGAUGUUGUUCGGCUACAUCAGAUGGAAGAAGCUCCAUCGGCAGACGUGGGGAGGCUGGUCCACGGAGUGUCUGCAGGAGUGGGGCUCCUACAUGAAGCUGGCUGUUCCCAGUGCUUUCAUGAUCUGCUUUGAGUGGUGGAUAUGGGAGAUUGCAGGUUUCCUGGCUGGUGUACUUGGUAAGGACGACAUUGCUGCCCAGCAUAUUAUGGUGGAACUAACCACCAUAACAUAUAUGUUCCCUCUAGGUGUCCAUGCAGCUGCCUGUGUGCGUGUUGGGAAUGCUCUGGGAGCCGGAGACACUAGCAGGGCCAUAGUCACCUGCAAAGUGGUCUUUGUUCUAAUAGGAACGCUUGCAGUUUUCCAAGGCAUUGCUAUCGCUGGCUGUAAGUCCGUCAUUGGCCACAUAUUUACCACUGAAAACAUUGUAAGAAUGGUCUCAGCGAACCUCACAAUCUACAUAUUUCUACAGUUCUUUGAUGGACUUCUGUGUGUCAGCUCAGGGAUUCUAGUCGGAGCUGGGAUGCAGAAAAUUGCUGCCUUAUCCAACCUGGUGGCUUACUAUUUCAUCGGCCUACCAGCCGGGAUAGCUAUGAUGUUUUAUACCGAGCUCAGAAUAUUAGGCUUUUGGCUGGGUAUCUUUAUAGGCGUUUUCCUUGAGACGGGUUUCUUUCUCAUUCUAAUUUUCAAAUUCAACUGGAAGAAAGUCACACAUAAGGCUCAACUGCGAGCUGGAAAGAAAGUGGUGCUGAUACCAAAACGUCCUGUUAGUAUAGUACUGAAUGAAGAGAUGGUGCCUGAUAUCUCUGACUUCCCUAAUACAGCCCAGUUGGAUGGCGAAGAAGCCCCUAAAGGCUACAAUCCAGUCAACACGCAGGAUCAGGAACUGAAGUGGCCAAGGAGCUGCUUCUAUCCGUCAGCUGUUUUGCGUCGGGGACUCACUGUUCUGGUUUCAGCUCUAGUUUUGGCUAUAGGUAUUGCUUUACACUUUGCUUUCCCUGCUCCCGAGCCCCCUGUGCAGAGCAUGGCAAACUUUACCCUCAACUGGGCUAAUGACUCCACUCCUACACCACUGGCAGCACUGGACCUGACCACAAACCUAUAGAGCUACCACUAACCUGACUGUGAAAAG